AUGCGUGUUGUCCACGCCGCCGACGUGGUCGCGCCAGCGCACGAGCGCGCGCGUACGAGCGAGCGAACGAACAAGAAGCGUCGGUCGCGCGCCACGAAGAUCAUCACUCGCGCCGUCUCCUUCGGCGAUCAACGCGCCGGGAGCGUGCGCAGGGAGGUGCUCCGCCGAGAGGAGCGACAAAAGCUCGACGGUGGGGCGGACGCGGAUUUCUACUCGCAACCGCGGUUCGUGACGCACGUGGACGACGAUUUCAUCGCGCGCGUGACUGAGCUGUAUCGAAGGCGUCUGCCGAGAAACGGAAGCGUUUUAGAUCUGUGCUCGAGCUGGGUCUCGCAUCUGCCGAGAGAGAUCGAGUAUAAAAAGGUUUGGGGACACGGUAUGAACGCCACGGAGCUCGGGCGGAACGAUCGAUUGGACGGAUUCUUCGUGAGAGACUUUAACGUGAAUCCAAAAAUCGACGCCAAGGACGAAACGUUCGAUGCGGUGACGAUUUGCGUGAGCGUGCAGUAUCUUCAGAGACCCGAGGAGGUGUUUGCGGAGAUUUUCAGAGUGCUCAAGCCCGGUGGUGUGUGCGUGGUGACGUUUUCGAACCGAUUGUUUUACUCGAAAGCUGUCAGCGCGUGGAGAGAUGCAACUGGUUACGCCCGAACGCAACUCGUCAAGCAAUACUUCGGGAGCGUGAACGGUUUCACCGCCCCUGAGGCGAUCACCGAUCUCGACGACGUCGUGGAUGAUUCUCUGUUCGGGAAGCUCCGUAGACUCUUCGCUCGAUCGCAGGGCGAUCCAUUUUACGCCGUCGUCGCGUAUCGAAACUUCAAGCCCAUCGUUGCGGAAGACUGUACCAGACUCAUCGAAGACGGCGAGUGUCUCACCGAUUCCUCGUUCGAUUCCAUCUCUGACUGA